CGGCCGCCUACUGUCCUCUCCUCUCCUGCAUGCUCGCCGCCGGCGAUGCCCGGCCCGCUCAAGCGCCCCUCCCUCGGCCGCCUGCUCGCCGCCCUCCGCUCGCCGUCCCGCGUCCCGGUCCAGACCGGCUUCCCCACCUCCCUCGCCGACCUCGUCGUCAAGAACCAUGGCCGCCUCAGGAAGCCCCGCAAGCCGCGCCGCCCCACCGCCCUGGCGCUGCCCCCGUCUCCGCCGGAGACCCCGGUGGACGUAGGGGAGACUCCUUCGCUGCCGCCAUCGCCCGGGCCGCUCUCGCCGGUGGUCGUGGAGGAGUCCUCGGCCCCGGUGGUGCGGCGGCUCGACGCGCCCAAAGGCGCCGCCUUCUUCCGGCCCCGCCCGGAGCUCCUCGCGCUCGGCGGGGCCGUGGCGCUCGCGCUCCUCGCCGUGUGGAGGGAGGGGACCGUCGCGGCCUUCACCAUCGCCUCGCUGUCGUUGCUCUGGAUCGAGUCGGCCUCCCGCCGGCGUCGGCGCUCCUCGCGCCCGGCGGAGCUGCCCGAUUCGCGCGGCCCCGCCCCCGUCUCGCCGAUCCGGGAGGCGGAAGAAGCGCCCGGGCCAUCCAGCUGCUCCGAUUCCGACAGGAACAGCGAGGCCCCCUCCCCUCGGCCCUCCGGCGGCGAAGAUCCGGCCACCCCCAAGAGGAAACCGAGGAGGUCGCUGAGGAAGAUAAUCUCCAAGACGCUGCAGAAGAAGCCCAAGGCGAAGGAUGCCUCAUGCUCUACCGACGGCGAGGUCGAGCAGCCGGAGCCAGUUAGAACCGAGGCCUUUGUAAUUCCAGCCCCUUCCUUGGCCGAGCAGACGCCGUCGGAACCAAGCACAGGAUCGUCGGUGGAGAUGAAGAUGGAGAUGGAAAGGCGAGGGGGCAGAUUCCCCCUGGCGGCGUUCGUCCCGGUCAUCCUCGCGGGCCUCGCCGCCGGGAAGCUCCCGGCGACGGCGCUGGCCGUGCUCUGCGUGGCCUUCUUCGGCGCGCGCCGUCGAGCGAAUUUAGGCCGCCAGUAACCCGCCGAGUGAGAGAGAUCCGAUCCCCUCGAAACCGUCCGUUUGUAAAAAAUCAGAGACAGAAGAAGAAGAACAAAUCCAUACAUGCUGAAUGUUGAUCCGGCUUUUCCACCGUUUGUAAAAUUCUGCUGUCAUGCCUGAAUUUCUCUCCCGUGUGCAGCGCGGCAUGUUGGAUUGAAACAGUUCUUGGCUGACAGCGAUCGUGCAAAACCGUUAGCGCGUGACCACAGCUCGCAAGUCAGACGCGACGGUGUCGAUGGAUGGAUGUAUCUACGGGAUGAAAUGGAAUUAAACUGAAAUUCUGUCGGCGUCAGGCAUUCAACCCUCGAGGGAGCCCACAUCAUCAUGCUAUCUGAGUGGACUGGUCUUUUCUGCAGCAGAGUGAUUAAUUGUACUAGCAAAUAUCAUCAGACGGAUCAACCAAUAAUUUGCGUCCGAGAGGAGAGGAGAGGAAACAAAUUUGGGUGUUUUCCAUGUGCGUGGUGGCAACACCAACCACAGCACGACAGACACAGCAGCAGCAGAUUCAGCAAGUUCUUGGUGAGAAAAUGUGUCCGUCAUCUUGAUAAACAAUGCGCGUGCUGUGGUCUGUGCCUGUCGGCUACAAGUUCUUGGUGAUAAAGGAGGGUCCUUGUGAUUCUGAGGUACAAGUAUGUAGAUCAUGCCUGUCAGUGGUUGGGUUUCAGGCAUUUCGUCUGCAAGAUCGUGAUGAACUACCAAACAACUUUCCUGGAAACAGCAAGCUGCAAUCAGCCUCGCCUCUGCAACACUUGCUUUUAAUUCUGCAUCUUCAGUUAGUUCCACAGAUUAAUUGUGGGGAAAACAACUUGAACCACAGAAUGAACAUCAACCAAUCAUCUUUCUCAUGUACAUUACGGUGCACUGACUUGUGUUUGCGAUGUCAUGUCCAUAUGUAAGAUGAUCGCUGAGGUAAGAGAUAAUGGUAUGUAAUUAAGCUUGUCACA